AUUCGAAAAUGGGCGAACCUAAAGAUCGAGAUUUUCAGCUCGCCAUGCGUCGACCCAUUCGACCCGAACCAGAAACCCCACACCUGUUUUCCCAAAUCCACCUGCGACCUCCGAGGUCGUGGUGAGGAGGAGCGGGGUGAUGAAGGAGUACCUGAAGGACUAGGGUGCCACGCAGGCAGCCUUAGGAGGGAGAGCGGGUGGAUGGACACGGGGGAUGUGGGGGGUGGUCCACCCGGAUCGGUGAAAGGACGUGAGCAGCGUGGAGGUGGAGGCGAUGUUCACCCAGCGGUGGGGGAGGCGACGGUGGUGAUGAUGCCGCACGCGAGGUGGAGGGAUAGCCGGUGCCUGUUUGUGGUGCUGCAGAAGGGGGCGGACGAGGAGGAGAUCGUGCAGCACUGCCGGGAGAGGUUGCCAGGGUUCAUGGUGCCGAGGAAGGUUGUGUUCAUGUAG